AUGGAUUUAGAAAAAUCCGGAAACGUACUUGUGGAUUCAAUUCUUCAUGCUGAUGACCCAGCUCCUGAGGAUUCUUUUAUGUGGAAAGAUGACGCUGUUGAUUCAUGUGUCGUGUACGUAGAAAAACUUCUGAAAGAUGGAUUAGAAUUCGAUGAUAAGAAUUGGCUUGGUGGUGAAGUCUCGGAAAAGAAAGGCAAAAAAACAGAACAAAAAAGCUUAAUAGAAGGAUGGGAAAGAAGUCUGUCCGGGAAGAGCCCAUUAAUGAAAGCGAUGAUGAUGAUGACUUUGUACAACCAUUCAAGAGAACCAAAGGAAAAAAAGACAGUUGGGGAUUAUCGGGAGAAGCAGAGGACAUCAAAGAUUGACAAUGAUGUACGUGGAGAAGAGAAUGUUCUACAUGGGCACAAUUCAAGCUCUCAUCAAGCUCCGAGCAUUAUUGCUGAAUUAAGACAUGGUUUGUUGCUUCAAAGACAGCACACUGACAAUGCUGUUGAGGGAUUGAAAAAUUUUAUUGAGAAAAAGAUUAGUGAAGCUCUAACCAAUAUUAUAGACUUAUUUGAAGCUCUGUCUCCUAUUGUACAUCACUCAACCCGUAGGGCAAAGUCAAGGGUUACCAAUAGGAAUGGUCCUUCUCCCUCUGUACCAACUCAUUCCGGACUUAGGUCUUCAACUCAGGCAAAAAUUUCAAAGCGUUACUGUAAGAAAACUCGGCCUUCUACGUCGGACACAUACGUACAUAAGCCUAAUGUCUUUGUUUUGCAACCAAUGAUGGAUGUACAACAACCGGUUGACGAUAUACAUUCGAUGGAGGAUUCAAAUAAACAGCCACCUUCAUCCUUUCUUGCCGCCGAGCUUCCUGAUCUUCCCAUGCUUGAUGAUGAAACUAUACCUUUAAAUACCGAUGAUGUACCUCAUACCUCUGUUCUCAAUGUACGUACAUCUGAUGAGGAUACGGAUAAGUUACUAGUAAAGGAAACAGCAGGAGAUGUAACAGAUGCAUCAAGUAAGGAGGCCCAGGUUGAAGAUGCUUAUAAGGAUAUGGACGUAGGUGAUGUACGCCUAUCCUCUACUUUGAAUGUACGUACAGCAGAGGAUAAGGAGGCUCAGCUACAAGAUGGUUCUCAACCAAGGGUGGAUGUACAACCACCUCAGGCUGUUAAUGUAAGUACAUCAGCAGAGCAUAAGGAAAAUGAUCUACAAGAUGGCUCUCCUGGUGAUGUACGCACGUCAGCAAAGGGAAAAGAGACUGGUGAUGUACGGGUUUCCUCUCCUGUUAAUGUACGUACGUCAUCACCGGAUAAAGAGGCUGAGGUGCCGGUUGAAGAUGGUUUUAAGGUUGACUCUAAAGAAGAGUCUGAAGACAAGUCCCCAACGCGCAUUAUAGAUAAUGUUCUCCAAAAUUUGAACUGUGGAGUUCUUGAUGGUGGAGAAGCAGUGAAAGAUGUUCAGCGCCAAGACAGUAGGAGGAAUUUUCUGAUAAGGAUUAGGAUUCCAACAGCAAAGAUGCAGGAAUAUGUUGCCACUAUGCAGAAACCGAAACCUGUUCCAGCUGGAAGCUGCCAAUACAAUCCUUUUUGUGGCAUGAAUCUUGACCAUUUCUCUAAACUUAAUGAUGUCUUAGGAGUGGAAGAAAGAAAUAACAUUGUCAAGAAGUUGAUACAGCCUGUUUUGGUAUUGCUUCCUUAUCUGCUUAAGGAUGUUUUCAAGGGUAAUAGGAAGCUUGACCUCUCACUCACACCAUACAGCUAUGUCCGCCCCAGUAAUGUGCCUCAGAACAUAAGGAUUGGUGAUUGUGGUCCUUUGGCGAUGAAGUAUAUUGAGUUGAAGGCUUUCAACUCAUCUUUCGACACACUUGCUAACUUUGAUGAUGAAGCCGUCGACAAUCUAAGGAUGCAGUUGGCCUUUGAUGUGUUUGAGUUUGGUAUUCAUCCGAUACCGCUUUAA